UUCUUCUUCCUGCGAAGUUAAGCGUUUCCGGAGAUCUAUUGUGGGUGCUCAGUAUUUAUACCACACCGACUUCAGGUUAUUGUAGCGACCUGCACCUUCAUCACUCCGCGGUCCCGGUGUCUGCCCCGAGCAGCAGCAACAUGUCUCAGGCUAGAGUUACCGAUUUCUUCUCCCAGAGAAAGAAAGGCAUCGCCGAGCCAGUGAAAGCAGGCAAGCCGAGCAGGAGCACCGCUGUCGGCCGUGGCUCUGCUGGGGUCACCUCCAAUGUCCCCAGGACCAGGUCAUUACAAAACAAAGGAGAUUUACGUCUGUCCUCCUCCGUCCAUGAAGAGUUUGUCCGAAUGAUCGAUGAGGCAGCGGAACUAGACCCCGGAUCGUGUGUCGGUAACCCCGCGAAGUAUUCCCCCUCCAGCCCCCGGACACCGAAGCGGACCUCGGCCGACACAGAGUUUGACCUCGGGUCUGCGCUGUUCUCAGCCACCGCCGACCACAGCACGGCGAAGAAGAGACGGCAUGCGGAGGCCGGUAGAGAGGCUAAAGCUGCGGUCCAGAAAGCUCCGAAAAGGAAGGCCAGGAAGAAACUAGUCCUCCCGCAAGACUCGCCUCAGGCUGCUUCUCAGCCCAGAGAGGAGACCCCCCUCUCAGCUCCUGCAGCCUCUUCGUCUGGACACAAUGAGAAACACCUUAACCUCCAGACCCCCCCACAGAGGAGUCCAGUCCCCAGCAGGAAGACUGAAGGACGGGCUUCUAAGGCUCUGGGUAAAGAGGACCUUGCAGCCCUCAAGUCUCGCCUUCAGAGGAUCAAGAAACAUGCAGAGAGAAUCCCCAGCCCUGCUUCAGCCCCCACACCAUCCUCUCCAGCUGCUUCAGCUCUCAACAGCACCCCCACCCCUGCCAUUUCUGAUGCUAAGACCCUCAAGUCAACUGUAGCACAGGCUAAAGAGCUAGCUGUUAAAGCUCAGCAGAGGAAAGCGGAGCGAGAGGCCAAGAAGAGGAGCCUGAGUGAAACCCCAUCCCAGGACAGUACUGAGCAGCCGGCCUACCAGCGGUACCACAACCUCACCCAGGCCGCCCCCCCGGGAUUGUCCCUGCCGUACCAGUACAAGGUGCUGGCUGAGAUGUUCAGGAGCAUGGACACUGUGGUGGCCAUGCUGUACAACCGCUGUGAGACCACCACCUUCACCAAGCUCAAACAAGGAGUCCAAGACAUGAUGCACAAGCGCUUUGAGGAGAGCCACGUUGGUCAGAUAAAGAUGGUGUUUCCUGAGGCCUACACCUUCAGACAGGAGAAGAACAUCCCCACCUUCACCAGCGGCAUUAAGAAGGGCAGCUACCAGCUCACUGUGGAGCCCGUCGUCCCCUCCGACCAGAAUGAACCUCGUCCUUUCCUCUCGGCCACUCACCUCCUGGAGAGGAGACAAAUCUUCCACCACAGUCUGGUCUCUGUCGUCAAACAGCACCACAAGGUGUUUCUUUCCACUUUGGUUCCUGUGGUGACUGUUCCAGAGGACAAACUGACCCGCUGGCACCCCCGCUUCAAUGUGGACACUGUCCCAGUCAUCUCCACCAGCCUGCUUCCCCAGCCCCCCCACACCGAGAAACUGUCCACCGCUCAGGAGGUGCUGGACAGGGCCCGCUCCUUCAUCACACCCAAGAUGGAGAAGGCUCUGGCUGCUCUGGCUCUGAAGACUGAAGAGACUAAAGAGCCCACACCUCCACAGAACCCAACAACCCCCCCACCCCCAGCUCCAUUAGAAAAUCAGGCCCCAACGGCCCUGAAAGGAGUGUCCCAGUCCCUGCUGGAGAGGAUUCGGGCGAAGGAGGCCCAGAAGCUCCAGGCAGCCAUGACGAGAAACCCCGUCCAGGAGGGACGCCUGCUGAUGAUCUCACGGCUCCCCGAGCUGGCCAGGAUUCUCCGGAACGUUUUUGUGGCAGAGAAGAAACCAGCUUUAAUAAUGGAGGUGGCCUGUAACAAGAUGGUGGCCAGCUUCAGAUCUGCCCUCAGCUCAGGUGAGAUGGAGAAGCACAUCCGUCUGCUGGCAGAAGUGGCCGGUGAAUGGCUGAAAAUUCAUCCAAUCAGGAAGGACUUUUACCUGAAAUUGAACAAGAACAUGGAGCUCAACAUCGUCCUGGACCAACUGAGCAGCACACUGCGAGAGGAGGAGAGGACCUGAGAGGACUGACAGAACAAUGACCUCAGUGACCCCCCCACCUUUCUCAGGUCCUUACUAUAGGACCUGUAAACUGAAGGCUAGCUCCCGUCUAAAGGGCUUCACUGAAUAACACUGUUUUGUGAACAGAAGGCACGUCUGACAUGUUGUACAGACAGGUGUGCUGUAGGCUCUGAGUCUUCUUCUCUCAGCUCCAGGUUGAAGGUAUGUCCCGAAAUCCAGAGACCAUGUGGGAUCGAUCAGACCUAAUUACCCCCCCCCCCCCCGUGUGUUUUAAAAGAAAAGGUUGUUUUAACCACAGUUCUGUUAAAGGAUAUGAAGAUGUGCUUUGUUUUGUUUCAUCCAUGAAACUGUUGUUGCUGUUCCAGACUUUUUCUACAAUGUAGAACUGAUGAAAGCUUACAGUUUUAUAAGUCAUUGUUUACCAAAUGCAAAUUUGUCAGAAUCCCGAUGCCUGUUUUCUGUGAAUUCAGUUAAUUAAACAUGACAAUCAUAAAGCGACGGCGACUUUUUUUAAAUUAUAUUACCACUGGUAUAAAAUGCUCAUGCUACCUCUAAAGAAAAUCCUAAUCAUUAGGGAGAUGCGUUCAGACAUAUCUUUGUUCUCCUUGAUACAUUAAACAACAUGUGUCUCACCUAGAUAAGUGCACAUAAGCUGAUCUAAACUUGAAGUGAAUAAAUUGAGACUUUCUGCG